AUGGGUGGUGACAGUUCGGGUUACAAGGACUAUGUGGCAGGCUUGCUUGCCGGUGUUGCCACUGUCAUAACUGGUCAUCCAUUCGAUACUGUCAAGGUGAAACUUCAAAAACACAAUACAGAAGCUAAUGGGAUAAAGUACAGGGGUGGUUUGCAUUGUACUGCUAGGAUACUGAAGACUGAAGGAGUGAAAGGGCUUUAUCGAGGGGCUACAUCUUCUUUUGUAGGGAUGGCCUUUGAAAGUUCACUUCUUUUUGGCAUCUAUUCUCAGGCAAAACAAUCACUGCAGGGACAAAAUCAAAGUGGUAAGCCACAGCCCCAAGUGAUAAUUCCUUCAGCUGCCUUUGGUGGAGCUAUUAUCAGCUUUGUAUUAUGUCCAUCAGAGCUGGUGAAGUGUAGGAUGCAAGUUCAAGGCACUGACACUUUGGUUGUGAACUCCAACAGAUACAGUAGUCCUAUUGAUUGUGCGCUAAAAACUGUAAAGAGUGAAGGGGUUACAGGCAUCUUUCGAGGAGGUUUCACAACAUUGUUGAGGGAAUCUCUUGGAAAUGCAGUCUUUUUUAGCACUUAUGAGUAUGUACGCUUUCACAUGCAUUUACAUCUGAAUGAUGCUUCAUCAGAUCCUGCUCACUUGAUUGAUGUGGGAGUUGGGAUCAUGAGUGGUGGCCUUGGUGGUAUAGCAUUCUGGUCUGCUGUUCUGCCCUUGGAUGUGGCAAAAACCAUAAUUCAGACUUCCUCGGAUAGAAGUUCUACCAGAAAUCCCUUUCAGAUUCUGAAAUCAAUUUACAGGGGGUCUGGACUUAGUGGAUGCUAUAUGGGUUUAGGUCCUACGGUAGUGAGGGCCUUUCCUGCUAAUGCUGCUGCAAUUGUCACAUGGGAGCUAGCUGUGAAAAUGCUGGGAAUCAGGCAAGACUAA